AUGGCCAAAAAUCAAGCAUCGAUUGAUGACCCAGCAACAUGGCAUCACUUUGCAACUUUGGAUGAUGAGUUUGUACAGAUGACAGAGAAGCAGGAGGUCAAGCCACGAUUCUGGCAGGACUAUAAGUUGAGCAGCCUACCCGCCACACGAGCCAGGUAUCAUGCUGUAUUCAAUGCCGACGCCCAGAAGGCUCUAAAGAAGGCAGAGCAUCAAGUGUGCCAGGAAGAGAUCUUUAUUCCGGUCAGCGACGGAGCGAACGUGCGUGCGCUUGUGUAUCGGCCCAAGGAGGAGGCGCCCGCCAGCGGCCUUCCCAUGGUUGUCCUCGUCCAUGGUGGUGGUUUCAUUAUUGGAAAUGCCGAGAUGGAGACGCCGACGUGUAUCCGAGCAACUCAAAGCUACAGAUGUAUAUCUGUGAGCCUCGAGUAUCGUUUGUCGCCCGAAGUCAAGUUUCCAGUGGCGUACGAAGAUUGCUGGGACGCGCUGAAAUGGCUUUCCGAGCAUGCCUCUGAGAUGGGCGCCGACCUUACCAAGGGCUUUGUUUUUGGUGGAACAUCUGCGGGAGGUCACAUCUCCAUCCCUCUCACGCAUCGAGCACGCGAUGAAGGCUUGACCCCUCCCCUGACAGGUGUCUACCUCAACGUGACGCCAUCUCUGGUGCCUCAGUCAUUGACGGACGACCUGAUUGCAAGGUACAAGCAUCUCUAUCAGAGCAGAGGCGUCCUCAAGGACGGCAUCACCUUGUCAAGCAUUUCCAUGGACUUUUAUGACGAAGCCGUUGAGCCCGACUUUAGCUCGCCUCUCUGGAGCCCUCUUCUCUGGCCGACGGGCCACGCCGGUCUGCCACCUACGUUCUUUCAGAUUUGCGGCGCCGACAUGUUGAGAGACGAUGCGCUCAUCUAUGAGAGAGAGCUGAGAAUGGACCAUGGGAUCAAGACUCGGGUUGUCAUGUACCAAGGGUUGCCGCACGUCUUUUGGUAUAAUUAUCCAGACCACUCUGCUUCCAAAAAGUUUGUCGAAGACGCUAGCAACGGGCUGGGCUGGCUGCUGGGCUGUGUGCCAUGA